GAAGCGCAACGGAAUAGAACCUGAUAACGCGGGGGGUUUCGAUAUGAGUCUCGAUAGACUUCAAUUGGUAGUUCUGAUCUGAUGGCAGAGAUAUUUUGAGUUUUACAUUAAAAGGUGUGUGUUCCUGUAAAAUGCCUUCAGAUCCUCUGGCCAAUCAUUAACUUUGGCCUGGAAAAUCUAAUCUGAUGCCUGCGGAUGGUCAACUCAUGGAUUCAUCGUCUCGAAUGUUAGAAAACUGGAAUAAAAUAAAUAUAAAAUAUGAUUGGAAUAAAUGGAACGGGACUGUAGGGCACGGGCUGAUGGAUGGAUGUGUGCCGUUCUCUCAUCAGGUGGCGGGACAUAAAUGCGGGAUCAAUAACACUGGUGUUCUGCAGCAUCCUGAUGGCACAAUACUCAAACAGCUACAACCUCCUCCGAGAGGCCCUCGAGAGAUGCUUUUCUACAAGCAGGUAUAUGCUAAAGACUGCACAGAUAAGAGGCUACUGGACUUGCAACAACAUCUACCAAAGUCCUACGGCACAUGGGCACCACAGGAGUCACCACAUGAGCUGUAUCUGAAGCUGGAGGAUGUGACACGUAGGUUUUUACAGCCCUGCAUCAUGGAUGUAAAGAUCGGCAGGAGAAGUUACGACCCUUUUGCAUCACAAGAGAAGCGUGAACAGCAGAUUAAGAAGUAUCCUCUGAUGGAAGAGAUCGGCUUCUUGUUACUGGGCAUGAGGGUGUACCAGAUCAACUCAGAUAGUUACAUCACCCAUGAUCAGUCUUAUGGACGCAGUCUUGGAAAGGACACUGUUAAAAAUGGCUUCAUUAGAUUCUUCCAUAAUGGUCAAGUAUUGCGGAAGGAUGCAAUUUCCCAGAGUAUCUUUAAAAUUCAACGCAUUCUCCGCUGGUUCGAGAGCCAAAGGCAGCUGCAUUUCUACGCCAGCUCUCUGCUGUUGGUGUAUGAAGGCUCUCCUCACACAGUCAAUGGAAUGAAGAACAAGAGAGCUGAGACAGGAAGACAACUUCUGCAGUCCAACGGUCACUUCCCCCAUGAGGCUCUGAGUGUUCAGUGCAGUUUAACCCGAGUGGGCGGCACAUGCAGUCAACCAUUCUGCAGUGAUCUUCCCCACAAUAUCCAGCAUGACAGGACCAUGAACGGAGUGUGUGGAGGGAGAGUAGAGGAGAAAGAUGAGGAAAUCAGAAAGGAAGAGGAAGCAGUGGAGGUGAAGAUGAUCGAUUUUGCUCAUGUAUUUCCUAGCGACAGUCCAGAUGAGGGCUACAUGUACGGACUGAGAAAUCUUCUCGCAACCUUAGAACAGAUACUAAAGGACUCAGAUCAGUGACAUCUCUCUCUCUCUCUCUGAUCUGAUAUGAUCAGCCCUGCCCAUAUGUAAUCAUCCCAUAUUUUAGACAUCAAACUGUUCUGACCCAAAUUAUGUUCCAGGGACACAUAAACAAGGCCAUGCUUAUUUAUUUUUUUUACUCUAAAUGCAGCUGUAUGACAAUCAAUGGGGAAAAAAAUCUGUUUAUGAUUAGUUUUAAUAAUAAUUUCCAAUGUCCUUUUCACUUUGCAAAAUGGGUCUGAAGGGGUUAAAGAAAUUACUUUUUUUUUUCAGUUGUUCUUAGUCCAGUGCAACAUCAUCUCACACACAUACACAAACCUUACUGAUAUCUUAAUUUAAACAGGAGAAUGUGUUUGGACAUUUAAACCAGUUUUAUCAAUGCUGUCAAAUAUAUAUAAAAAAUUUUCUCCAAAGAAAUAGUUGAAAUAAUGCAUGUUAAAAGCAUGUUAACAGAAGAUUUUGAUGGAAUUCUUAAUGUACCACUGAAUAAAACAGUACGAGCAACAGGCAGUCAUUAUUUAUUCAGCUUUGUAUAACAGCAUCUACUCCUUUAUUAAAGAUUUGAUUCAUAUGACUUUGAAUAUGCAGAAUCGAAAUGAUCAGGUUUGUAAAGAAACAUCAGACAUGUUUCAGAUGUCAAAGAUUUCAUGCUGCUUUAUUCUUGAGAAGAUUCUUUGUUAAGAUCCAAUUAAGUUGGAUCUUUCUAAUAACAAACUACUUUUCAUCUGACACCCCUCUUCUCCCCACAAUUACCCAAAUCUCAGAACUUCUGCUAAUAUGUGUUUUAGAUAAAAAAAAGAAAAAAAAGAAAAGUCUACGUCUAAUGGAAUAAAAAUGUCUAUACAGCAUAAA